AUGAUUAUUGAUUAUGCUAAUUUUGGUGAUGUGAUGACAUUUGACACUACAUAUGGUACUAAUAAAGAGUUAAGACUAUUAGGGGUGUUUACUGAUUUCAAUCACCAUAGAGAAUUAACGGUUUUUGGGGCUGCUCUUUUAUAUGAUGAAACGGUGGAUUCAUAUAAGUGGCUUUUUGAAAGCUUUGUAGUUGCACAUGUAGGUAAAAGACCUAAAACAAUUGUUACAGAUCAAGCUCCUGCAAUGGCAAAGGCAUUGAAUGAGGUAAUGCCUAACACUUACUGUAGAUUAUAUACUUGGCACAUAAUGCAAAAUGGGAUAAAACAUUUGGGGAAUUUGAUUGAAGAUGGUUCUUCUUUUCUUCAAGUUUUUAAAACUUGUAUAUUUGUGUUUAAUGAUGAAAUUGAGUUUGAAAAAACGUGGGAGGACAUGAUUGACACUUAUGCUAUUCAUGAUCGUAGUUGGUUAGAUAGUAUCUACAAAUUGAAACGAAAAUGGGUAAAGUGUUACAUGAAGAAUGAACUUACAUUGGGAAUGCAAAGUACCCAACUCAAUGAAAGUUUGAAUGGAGAUUUAAAAGAUUACUUGAAAUCUGAUUUGGAUCUAGCAGAAUUUUUUGCACAUUUUGAUUGGUUGGGCUUGAAAAAUUCUCCCUUGUUGAAGCAAGCAGUACAAGUGUACACAACUACAAUAUUUCGAAUGCUUCAUGAUCAGUAUGACUUGGCAUCAACAGCAAGGAUAAAAAAUCUCAAAGAGGACUUGUUAGUGCAUACAUACACUGUUGAGUUUCCACAUAAGCCUGGUGAGUUCAUAGUAUCUUAUGAUACUGUAGAUAAGACAUUUUCAUGUAGUUGUAGAAAGUUUGAAAUAGUUGGGAUUUUAUGUUGCCAUAUUCUAAAAGUCUUUGAUUCCCUUAAUGUAAAGACAAUUCUUGAUAUGUACAUUUUGAAAAGAUGGACAAGAGAGGCAAAAAGUGGAUGUAUCUUGGACAAUAGGAGAAUAAAUGUGGAAGAGGAUGUCACCUUGAUUGCUACACAGCGGCAUAGAAGAUUAUGUCCCAAGUUGGUUCAGUUAGCUUCUCAAGCAGCAGACAAUGAAGUGGCAUUGCUUUAA